UCAGUUAUUCAGACAGUUUUGUUUAAACAAAUCAACAUGAAGGCUUUCUUUGCUCUGGUGGUUCUGGCUAUUGCCGCUCCUGCUUUGGCAGGACGUACCAUGGAUCGUUGCUCCUUGGCCCGUGAGAUGUCCGACUUGGGAGUUCCCCGUGAUCAGUUGGACAAGUGGACCUGCAUUGCCCAGCACGAGAGUGACUACCGCACCUGGGUGGUGGGACCCGCCAACUCCGACGGAUCCAACGACUACGGAAUCUUCCAGAUCAACGAUCUGUACUGGUGCCAGGCCGAUGGUCGCUUCUCCUACAACGAGUGCGGUCUCAGCUGCAACGCCCUGUUGAGCGACGACAUCACCAACUCCGUCCGUUGUGCCCAGAAGGUCCUCAGCCAGCAGGGAUGGUCCGCCUGGGCCGUCUGGCACUACUGCAGUGGAUGGUUGCCGUCCAUCGAUGAGUGCUUCUAAACUGAUUUUGACCACGAUUAAAAUGACUGUAUACCCCAA